AUUUAAAAUUUGUUGAUCCUCGCAACUUGCAACCCUCUCUCUCUCUCUCUGCUUCUCUCUCACCAAAAUCAUGGGCAUCCAUCCAUCCAAACUGCUCUCUCCAUCAUCUUUCAUCACUGCCAAUGCCAUAAUCCCCAACUCAUCUUCUAUAUAAUUGUAAACUCACUCCACUUUCCCCAUUCAUUUCAUACCUAACCAUGAAAAUAUCCCUCGCCCUUCUCUUCCUGCUGUUGGCGGCGGCCGGAGCGCGGGAGCCUUUUGCCUGCGAUCCGCGCGACGCCGCCACCAAAACGCUGCCGUUCUGCCGGGCGGAUUUGCGCGCGGAGGAGAGGGUGAGGGAUUUGAUCGCCCGCCUCACCCUGCAGGAGAAGGUCAAGCUUCUGGGGAACAAUGCCGCCGCCGUGCCGCGCCUCGGGAUCAAGGCCUACGAGUGGUGGUCCGAGGCGCUCCACGGCGUCUCCAACGUCGGUCCGGGGACCAGAUUCGGCGGUGCGUUCCCCGGCGCCACCAGUUUCCCGCAGGUCAUCAACACGGCCGCCUCUUUCAAUGCCUCGCUUUGGGAGGAGAUCGGCAAAGUUGUGUCGGACGAGGGCCGAGCAAUGUACAACGGCGGGGUAGCGGGGCUGACAUAUUGGAGCCCGAAUGUGAACAUAUUGCGGGACCCGAGGUGGGGGCGCGGGCAGGAGACUCCCGGCGAGGACCCGCUUGUGGCCGGUGAAUAUGCGGCGAGGUACGUGAGAGGUUUGCAGGGGACGGAGGACGGAAACCGGCUCAAGGUGGCGGCCUGCUGCAAGCAUUACACGGCCUAUGAUCUCGACAACUGGAGCGGAGUCGAUAGGUUCCACUUUAAUGCCAAGGUAACCAAACAGGACAUGGUGGAUACAUUUGAUAUUCCCUUCAGAAGCUGUGUGAAGGAAGGCAAUGUUGCAAGUGUGAUGUGUUCUUACAAUCAAGUUAACGGCAUUCCUACCUGCGCUGAUCCCAAACUUCUCCGAGGAACCGUCCGUGGUGCUUGGCGUCUCAACGGAUACAUUGUCUCCGAUUGUGACUCUGUCGGCGUAUUCUACGACAAUCAGCAUUACACCUCAACUCCAGAAGAAGCUGCUGCUGAUGCAAUAAAAGCAGGUUUGGAUUUGGAUUGUGGGCCUUUCUUGGGAGUUCACACAGAGAAUGCAGUUAAAAAGGGGCUUCUCAAAGAAGCAGAAGUCGAUCUUGCUCUGUUUAACACCAUCACAGUUCAAAUGAGGCUAGGAAUGUUCGAUGGAGAGCCAUCAUCUCACCCAUACGGCAACCUUGGCCCGAACGACGUCUGCUCCCCUCCCCACCAACAACUAGCAUUAGAAGCUGCUAGGCAAGGCAUUGUUCUGCUCAAAAACCAAGGCCCUGUGCUGCCUCUCUCUACACGCAAGCACCACCCCAUCGCGGUCAUUGGACCUAAUUCCGAUGUUACUCUCACCAUGAUAGGCAAUUAUGCUGGUGUGGCGUGUGGUUACACGACGCCUCUGCAAGGUAUAAGGAAGUAUGCUAGGGCAAUUCAUCAGCCGGGCUGUGCAGAUGUCGCAUGUGCUAGUGACGCGUUGUUUGGUGGCGCAAUUGAGGCUGCACGGACGGCUGAUGCAACUGUCAUGGUGAUGGGGCUGGACCAAUCUGUCGAGGCAGAGUUCAAAGACCGGACAGGGCUCCUGCUGCCUGGGCGUCAACGGGAGCUCAUCUCUAAUGUUGCUGCUGCCUCUAAAGGCCCAACCAUUCUUGUGUUGAUGACCGGUGGUGCGGUUGAUGUCUCCUUCGCCAAGCAUGAUCCGAAAAUCGGAGCCAUUGUGUGGGCCGGCUAUCCUGGCCAAGCCGGUGGUGCUGCCAUUGCUGAUAUCUUGUUUGGAACUCAUAAUCCUGGUGGGAAGCUUCCAAUGACAUGGUAUCCUCAAAAAUACCUCAACAACCUGGCUAUGACAGCAAUGGACAUGAGGCCAAAUCCUUCAAAAAAUUACCCUGGGAGGACUUACCGGUUCUACCAAGGGCCGGUCGUGUAUCCAUUUGGUCACGGUCUAACCUACUCCAGCUUCGUGCAAACGAUAGCUGAGGUGCCUAAGAUGGUGUACGUCCCUGUGGACGGGCGCCACCACUCCAACACGACAAGCCAAUGGGUCAGGGUGACCCAUGCCAGGUGCAGCCGGCUGUCGCUUAGCUUUAGUGUGGACGUGAGGAACGUGGGGACGAGGGAGGGGUCCCACACGGUGCUGGUGUUCUCCAGCCCGCCCGGGGGCGGAUGGGCGCCCCACAAGCAGCUGGUUGCGUUCGAGAAGGUGAGGGUGGGCUCGGGCGGGCAGGAGAGGGUGCCUAUCAGGAUCCAUGUUUGCAAGCAUCUGAGUGUGGUGGACACGGCCGGGAUUCGGAGGAUUCCGAUGGGAGACCACGCGCUGAGUAUCGGAGAUUUGAAGCAUUCUGUUUCACUUCAGCCGCAGACACUUGGUGUCAUCAAAUCAUAACUCAACAUUCUUGGUUGAUUGGUAAUUUAGUGUUUAGGCUUAUUGGUUCAACUAGUGUUUGGAAUUAUGGUUAUUUUUAAGGAAUCUCGAAGAUAUUCCAAAACAGAUUCGACAAAGAAAGGAAUAUGAUUGAUCAAGAUUAUUGUAUGGAAAUGAAGAAAGACCUAAUUGUUUUUGCCCAGAUUUUUGUUGUAAUUGUAUUUCAAGAACAAGGUAAUGAAAAAUGAGGUACUUGGGAAAUA